CGGGUCUCCCGCGCCGCGGCCUUGAAUUGUUUAGCUAAACGGCCCUAAACCGUUUCCCAUUCAUUCUCAAUGGUAGUGCUAAACCACUACGGAUGUAAUAUACUUUCGGCCGCUGGCGCUCUCGUGGCGCUCUUCUGUGUUUGUGCACAAGCGCGGAGUUUGAAAUCGCCAUUUUCAUUCCGCCUCGGAGAGUGAAAUACAAAGAUCUGCCUCGCUCGUUUUAAUCAGCACAUCUAUCAAAGAUCAAGAUGCAGAAGAAAGUGCUGUUCUUCCCAGGGAGAAUCUGUGUUGUGUUCCGCAAGGGACCACUCGGGUUUCUCCUCCAGGAGCCAUCUAAAGAAGCCAGACGUAUUAAGGAUGACCCCACUCUGCAGGACAAGUCUGCGCCCAUGAGAGAGGACCUUGUGCGGCAGAAUGCUCGGUCUUUGGUCAUUCAGAGAGGAGGGGAUGCCUCUGACAGGAAGGAGGUCCUGGGAGAAUACAUACUGCAAUUUGGAAAGUAUAAAGGGAAGUCUUUUAGAUGGCUUUUAGAGAAUGAUGUAGGGUACACUAUGUAUCUCAUCAAGAACCUUCAGAAGGAGGAGGCAUCCGGCAUCCCUGUGGCUGAGGGGCAUGGCAAGGACAGUCUACUGUCAUUUGUUAAUUAUGCCCUAAGUUUUGAAGAGAUCCAGUCUCUUCUCACCUAUGAGGCCAGUGGAGUGGGUGUUGUGGCAGCCUCAUCAGAAGAUAACCAGCUGGUUGGCUUUGGUUCCCGGGCCAAGAGCACCUGGAAGGAGAUUUGGGAUAGCAGAGCUGAUGGCUACGCAGACUUCAUCAUGAAGAAGAGCUGUGUCCAAGGGACACGCAUGUACAAGCUCCAGCAAUACCUGCAGAAGAAGCAGCAAUCUGCCACUGCUUCCAUACCUGCUAAACAUACCCCAAGGGCCCCAGCAAAACCUAUUGUGAUGGAUGAUGAUGAAGAGCUGGAGAGAGCGAUGUUGAGCAUCUCACCCUCUAAGCUACAAGUGCAGAGCUUUGCUGUGCCAGCAGCAGUAGCAGCAGCUGCCAUACCCAGAGUGUCACCAGGAGCAAAGACAGGUUUUUAAAUAAGAGGUUUCAGGACUGGAGUAAGAUGAAUUGCCCUCCAAAACUGAAACUCGACUUAAACUGUUAUGUUGUUU